AUGUCCCCGAGUCUGCAGAGUCUUCUCAUCCACCGUUUGUUAGUCAGACAGGCCAAGCGGGCUCUCUCGCCAUCCUCUCUCCCGGCGGCCGUAAACGGGCAAGCAGAAUAUCAACCGGUGACGUCCAUCGUACAUGGCAUGCCGAUUUUGGUUGGCUGGCUCGUCGGCCAAGGCGGUGAUGAAGAAGCAAAGGUUGAACUUGCCAGGGCGCCCUGCUCUCUCUCUCUCUCUCUCUUUUUCUGGUCCCUGACAUGCCGAGACACCAUUAACCUUCCUGGCCCUUGCAAGAUCUCAUAUUUGUGCCCUGAACUAGCCAUUCAGUCUGGGGGCCGCGGCGGCUGCGGAGGGCUGCCAGAAGAAUCAGGCGGGCCAACUGCCCAUUUCCACUCUCGUCUGCCAACCAGCACCACCGCAUUCAAACAAAGAAAACGCGCGAUUGCCGCACAACUUCAACCCUCCAACAACUCUGCUCGAUUCUUCAUUUUUGACUUCUUUUCUGGGAAAACAGACUUUGCUUCUGCCCUCCUGCUACCAGAAAAAAAUCCCCCUGUCCUUCUAAACCCCCUGCCAUCCGCCCGCCCGCGUUACAUUGAAUGCCCCUCGAGGUUGGCGGUUCGCAUUACACUUACAGUGGGAGCUGAGACAUCGUGGUUCGUUCUCUCCAGCUUCCCUGAGGCAGGCUUGCUUUUUCCUUUCGAGUCUUUUUCUAUUUCAUGUAGAAAAGCUGUCGGCCUCGGUGAUUUCUGGCCCCAUGUCCUCCACCCUGGCUGCCCCAACUUGGCAUCAUUCGAUUCUCCUCAGCAGCUCAGGACACUCUCUAGUCUUUGGGUUUACCUCCUAGAUCCGAUCCUGCCGAGAAAAGUAUUACAGAUCGACGCGCGCAAAGGCACGAUGAGGUCCACCCUCAUCUCUUUCGGCCGGUCAGCGUCGGAUUCGCGAGCCGCUGCCAAAUCUGGCUCUUCAGUUGAGUUGUUACGAGCAUAUACGGGCGGUAUGUCAGCACGGGAAAAGAGAGUCACGUUGGGAGGUUUUGAUGUAAAAGGUGUUGGGUAUUAA